AGUGCUGCCAAACUUUUACAAUGCCAAUUAGGAAAACUAUAGCAGACAAUUUUGGAGUAUUUUCGCUAAAAAUCGGCCAUGAAAACCUUUACACUUUUUUAUUUGUUGCAUUAACUUAACAAAACAUAAAAAAACAAUAUUCAUAAAUCCAUUAAAAUAUUUUAUGCCUAGAAGGACUUUUAAAUUUCUAAAAUAUUUAACCCAAAGGACUAAACUAUUAGUGAAUGAUCCGUAUUGUUGUGACCGCAGAUGAGUAAAGAGCACUAAACGAAAACACAAAACAUGAAUAGCUUAUUUACUAAAGCGUUAAGAAAUAAUAAUAUAGGACGGGUUUUAGUUCCAUUAGCAGUUAUAGGAAAUUGUGAUAUUAUUCUACUCCGACAAUUUUCACAGCAUGGAUCAAAACUCGCCAAAUUAGCUGAAGUAGGGCGAUUGGAGUCAAUCAAAAUAGAUGGGAAAUAUGAGACAGGUCAGUUAUUCCUUCAUCGCAUAUUUGGUUACCGUGGAGUUGUGCUUUUUCCAUGGUCUGCGCGAGUAUAUGAUCGAGAUCUACAUAAUCCCAACAAGCAAAAACAAAGAGUAAAUGUUGAUAGGUCGUCCACUGCUGCCAUUGCAGCAGAAAAAAGUACGAAAAGCACAAAUACAGAAGCAUCAACUGAACAAGGAAAUUCAGCUACACAUGCAACUAGCGGAGGUGAAAGUCCAAGUUCAUCUUCGUCCACCAAUGGGUCCGAUUCGUCUGUAAAAGAAGUGAAAGGCAAAGUACACACAUUCUACCAAGUACUGAUCGAUUCACGCGAUUGCCCAUAUAUUCGCGCACAAACUGAAGCUGUAACAUUUCUGGGAAAUCAAGAUUCCAACCGCAGUCUGUAUGCUAUUCCCGGUCUUGAUUAUGUUGCACACGACGAUAUAAUGCCAUAUACGUCGGGAGAAAAACAUCCUCUACAACAUGAACUUUUCGAUAAGUUCUUAACGCAUGUCCCCGGCAAAGAUCCACCGUUCGAGGGACAAGAUACAUUAAAAGCAUGGCAGGAAAAAAACCAUCCUUGGUUGGAAUUGAGCGAUGUUCAUAAGGAGACUACAGAUAAUAUACGUGUAACUGUGAUACCGUUCUAUAUGGGUUGUCGGGAAACUCCCGCUUCCUCUGUAUAUUGGUGGCGCUACUGCAUUCGUUUGGAGAAUUUAGGUGUGCUUAGCGUCCAGUUACGGGAACGUCAUUGGAGGAUUUUCUCCCUUUCAGGCACUUUAGAAACGGUAAGAGGACGUGGUGUUGUAGGACAAGAGCCAAUACUCAGCCCACGUCUACCGGCUUUUCAAUAUAGCAGUCAUGUCAGCCUGCAAGCCCCUAGCGGUCACAUGUGGGGCACAUUUCGAUUAGAGCGUGAAGACGGUCACACUUUUGAUUGUAAAAUACCUCCUUUUUCUCUUGAAAGUAAACCCGAAGAACCCGGUACUGGGCUCUCAUCUAGUACUGGAACGAAUAAUAGCGGCAAUGUUGGUGGCAAUAAACCAGACAACGUCAAAUAAUAUAUAUAUCAUGUAUAAUUUGUUAGUCUAACAUACGAUUGGUAAACAGAUGGGAUAGAUGGAUGGUACAGAUUGACAUAGCCUAAUUUUGGUAACUCAAGUUGAUAAGAGUAGUUAGUUUAAGUAGUCCACAUUUAGUACAUAAAUUAUUUCUCUAUGACUAAAUGUUUGUGUAUAUAUAAAGACAUCUCAAACAAUUCGGAAAAAAAAUUUCAAAGAUUUUAUUUGUUGAACUCAGAUAUUUGCAUUUUAUUUCAAAGACCUAUAAGCAUGAGGUAAUAAACUGACUUUUUAAGCCUAAUUUUCUAUAGCAUUACAAGCUUCUAGCUUUAGGUGUGAUUGGAAAUUAAGGGGACGCAUGUUAUCUUGUAUACAAAAUAUUUCCUGUAAAGCAUUCAGUGAAGCCACUUUUGUAGCAAUUGCCACAUUUUCGCCAAAUCCUAAAAAAAAAAAAAAAA